AUGGAAGGAGGCUCCGCCCAAACUCCAUGGGGAGCAGAGGUGAAGGCCAGGGAAAGGAGCGUGAGUGAAGGCGAGGACCUGCUUCACAGCCAGCCUGAGAACCCCGACAGGACUCCCCGCUGGCAGGGACGCCUGCUCAGCGUACGGCAGCCUGGUCAGGCGAGAGGCCGGGCGACCCGCUCUCACCCGAGUGACUGGGUGGCACGGUUUCUAGUCUAUGGCCGCUGCUUCUGCGCCGUGACACAGGACCAUUGCAGCGAGCCACUGCUGUCCCUGGUUCCUUAUCCCCUGCGUGACUUGAUGCAUGUCGGCCGUGGGAAGGGGAGCUCUUGCUGCCUGCGGGCAAGCGCUCUUGUCGGGUCCAUCCCCAUCUGCCACUCAGCGUGGCUUUUAGGCACAGGCUCGAUGGGGCUGCUCGCCAAGGUUGGGGCCUCUUCUAUCACCCCCGCUUUAGCAGACCUUGUAUUUGCCCCUCUAGGCCCUUGUCUGAGCCGACGCAGGCUAGGCGAUGCUUUGGGAGGUUUUGUUCGCUCUUUAGAGAUUGACGAGGCAGCCUUGGUGGAGGCAACCCAGCGAGGCGAUGCAGACAAACGCCCCAGAACGGCACUAGGAAACCGUCUCUGCAAGUGCCAUUGCUUUCAGAGACUGCAGGAGAGCAGGCGAGCCAAAGGCCUGGAUCUCCUCCUGCAGGUGACCGCGGUGCUGCCGUUUGCUCCCGCAGGGGUGGUGAACACGGUGGCCAGGCUGGCCAAGAGCUGCACCCUGCGCCUCACUGCGGACAGGCUGUACUUCAUCCUGUCGGAUAAAGUGGCGAACGGAGGGGUCAGCGUGUGGUGCGAGCUGUGCCAGGGGAAUUUCUUUGAUGAGUUCCAGAUGGAAGGAGUAGCUGCAGAGCACAAUGAAAUCUAUUUGGAGCUGGUGCCUGAGAACCUGUCGAGAGCGUUAAAAACAGCCCAGAAUGCUAAGACUGUGAAGAUCAAGCUGACUAACAAACACUGUCCCUGUCUCACAGUAGCUGUGGAGCUCCCGACCUUGUCAAGCAGCAGUCGAAUUGUGACGCAUGACAUUCCAGUGGGUGUUAUUCCCAGAAGAUUAUGGAACGACUUCAGAGAGCCCAGUGUGCCGGACUUUGACGUCAGUAUUUACCUACCAGCGUUAAAAACGAUGAAGAGUGUGGUGGAGAGAAUGAAGAACCUCAGCAAUUGCAUUGUGAUUGAAGCAAAUUUGAGUGGAGAAAUGAACUUGAAAAUAGAAACAGACUUAGUAUCUGUAACAACACAUUUUAAAGACUUAGGAAAUCCUCCCUGGGCAUCAGAUGAUGAAUGUCAAAGCUCUGCUCAAGACAGAGACCUGGAAAGCAUGGCUGAGGCACGCAUAGACAUCAAGAAGCUGCUGCAGCUGCUUGCGGGACAGCAAGUCAAUCCCACAAAAGCUUUGUGCAAUAUUACAGCUGGACUGCUCAGCUCUACUGCAUGAAUGGGAAAAAAGUGCUUGGCUCUUCAGAGUAAGUGAGAGUUUGUCUGCGAGACUUCUCGUCUUACUAAUUGACAAAACGGAGAGAUGAAAUCUGAUUUAUAGUUUUGGAAGAAUGAGUUGUUUAUAGGACGUGUUUGGAGCCUUUUUCCAGGAUGAAGGGGACUUUGCGAGUGGUUGUGACUGGAUUGUUACGUUGGCAUAAGAACUGGAGUUGGACUGAAGAUGGAGCCCUUGAAAACUCUUUUGAAAGCAUUUGGCAUACACACUUGGCUGCAGAACUCUUCACGCAACUGGAGAUGCCUGUGUGCUAUGUCAGCACUGUCUCCUCUACGCUUCUCAGGUGGAUGACAUCUGCCUUUCCGCCCUGUCUGUACACCCAAGCUCUAGCCCUUUGUGAGGAGCUGGGGAUCUGUAGCAGUUUAAAUGAACAAUUUGACUGUCAAACCAUGUCUGCUUCUUGGUCAGAAGCAAAAUUCCUGUAUUAGCUUUGAUUGUACAAACUUAAUGUACCAUUUGCCUGACAGAAAUAGAGAGAUAGGAACCCCGAUAAGUGAUUUUAAAUAUGUUUUGUGUAUUCAAAGGCAUUGGAACUUCUUCAAAUGUAUUAGAUAACAAGAAGGUCCUGGUAUUCCCACCCCAGUGGGAAUUCACAGGGUGGGUAUUCUGGUGGGUAUUCCCACCAGAUUUCAGGGACAAGAUGAGACGCUGCACUCAGUUGCAUAAAACAAGAAGUCAGGGAUUGUUUCUGCACUACUCUUGAAAUACGCAUGCUUCUUAACCAGGGAAGUGUAUAGUACUAAUAAAAGUCAUCAGAAAGCCAGUCUUCUCUCAGUCUUAGUUUAGCUCUAUCUUAAGGUAUUGAUAGCAAGUUAUUUUUAAAGUCUGAAUGCUUUGCCUUCAAGUCAUACCAGAAGUUUUCACAUAGUUGAUUGAGUAAAGAUCAGUUGAAGUGAUGACAUGCAAAUGAGCAAUUUCAUCAGACUUUCCCCUAUAAUAGGAUCUAGAUAUCAUCCUAUAACUAUUAAUUAUCUUUGUGGUAAGAAUGGCAGUUCAGCUGAACGGGCUGUGGUAAGUAUGCUUAUCUCUUGGCUAAAUCUGAUUCCUGAACCUAUCAUGAGUGGUGAUGAUAUCAUAUCCUAAAUUGACUGAAAGACUUUAACUGUCAUUCACUAGUAAAGUGGUAUGGAUUAGAGCCAUUUGAACAGGGAACAAACGUUUAACAUUCCACAGACAACUGGAUGGCCCUGGGGUUUAGUGGGUUUUUAUUUAUUUAUUUAUUUACUUCCUGCUUCCACUAUUUAAAUUAUUUUGCGCUUCUUGUCAAGAGAAACAAUACAAACAUACUUAGUGAAAUUAACUAUACAUUAAAAAAGCAUCAGCCUGAAUGACAUGACAUAAAUCAACAAAUGCAGUAAUAUUGGCCUCAAGAGGCCUGUGUUUUAUUUCAGUUUCUGUUCUUAAAUAAAGUGCUGUUGUCUGCAC